AUGGAUUUUAAAGGUAUAAGAUGGGUCGGGAAUGUAUACCAGAAGUUUGAAGCAAUGUGCUUAGAGGUUGAAGAAAUUAUCGUGCAGGACACGGCAAAAUACGUUGAGAACCAAGUUCAGACGGUUGGUAACUCUGUCAAGAAAUUCUGUUCGGAUGUGGUUCAAGACUUGCUUCCCGAUGAAUCUGAUGUAGGUUCGGGAAAACCGUUACCUGUUUCUAUGUUACAUGAAUACGCUCCUGUUUGUUCUUUCAAAAAGAAAAGAGUGAGCGUGAGUGGAAAAACCAGAAAUUUGAAGCAAGAACAAGAGGUAACUGAGGGGAAGAAAGAUGGAUGUGCAAUGAAUUUACGUGGUCUUGAUGCAGAUGAUUACGAUAUCUGUACUUCUCCAAGGCAAUAUAGUUAUGGAGGUCCAUAUAGAAGAACGAGAGUCGGUCGUAAACAAAUCUUUAAAAAAGAGGAGCUUUUACAAAUCACCAGGCCUUAUAUACAGAACGACUCGAGUAGUUUAUCAAUGGUUCACAGUACUCGUGUCAAAAAUGAUGCCGGAACUGUAAGCUCAAGUGAUUCUGUUCCACGUGAAGUAGAAAGACUCAUCUCUAAAGAGGAAUGUCAGAUAGACAAUAGAACUGAAAAUGAACACGGUAUUACGGUUGUAAACUCUGUCAGAAGUCAAGAUUCAAAGAUUAGAACUGGAAAUGAACGUGGUCUUCCUGUGGUUAAUUAUGUUAGAAGUCGAGAUUCAGAGAUUGGAACCAUAAAUGAAUCAGGUCUUACGGCGGUUAAAUCUGUCAGAAGUCAAGAUUCAGAGAUUAGAACCGAAAAUGAAUCAGGUCUUACCGUGAUUAAAUCCGUUAGAAAUCAAGAUUCAGAGAUUCAACCCUCUGUUGCCACUAGCUUGCCUGCAGGAUCUGAUGAUUACACAAAGGAAACCGAUGAGAAUUUGAAGGAAAUUAGUUCUAGUUCUGUCUCACAGCAGAAGAUAGAGAUUCUCCAACAGCUUAGUGGAAGAUCAGUUGAGGAAAGCUGUAUACUUGUCGAUAGAGACGAGUUUCAUUGUGUUUAUCCUGACAAGAAGGAGAAUGACAAACACAAACCUUACAAGAAUUUCCGAGACGCUAUAUCUUCAAGAAUGAAGCAAAACAGAGAAAAAGAAUACAAACGGCUUGCGCGUCAAUGGUACGCAGAAGAUGUUGAAAACGGAAGAGAAUGUGGCCAUAAUCCGAAACCGAUUGAGGAAAAUCAAUCAUCAGAAGAAUCUGAAUGGGAGCUUCUGUAA